AUGCCUUCUGCGGUGUCAGGGCUGUGUGGAUACAUCAAUGAAAUUUUCCAGUCGACAUCCGGAGUGAGCGUCAACCCCGACGUCCAGCGAUCGUUUCAACGUCUCGCCGAUGGCAAGGAAUACAGAUACAUAAUCUUCAAAAUUGAGGAUCGUGAAGUAGUUGUCGAGGCAGCAGUAUCGCAAGAAGAACUAAAUCUGUCAGCGGACGACUAUGAAACGAAUUCAAAAGAUGCAUUUGGACGAUUUGUGGAAGAUCUAAGAGAAAGGACAGACAAUUUCAUGGACUGUAGAUAUGCAGUUUUUGAUUUCAAAUUCACAUGCUCAAGAGUUGGCGCAGGCACUUCCAAAAUGGAUAAAAUUGUCUUCCUGCAAAUGUGA